UCAACAAAGGGGGCAGUGGCACCGCAAGGUCUCCACGUGUACAUGGUGACUGAAGUCUGUUGUUUCUGCGUCACCCUCCAAGAGCGCAGCGGGCUUAUAAAGAGGAACUCACAUAGACUCUCAAUAACACAAUUGUUUCCCUCCUCUGAGACGAACAACAGAAAUUCACAGCCAAGAUGAGACUGUACCUCGUAGUUGCCAUGCUGGUGCUGGCUUUGGCCGCAUUCACACAGGCUCAGGAGGCGGAGGCGGAGGCGGCCGCCUCUGGGAUGGCAGAGAUGGGCAAGAACCUGGCAGACAAGGCCCAGGCAACCUUAGAAGUCAUCAGGAACAGCGACAUCGUAUCCAACUCACAGGCCUGGUUGGAGCAGCAGUUGGAAAAAGUGAAGCAGAAGAUCAGUGAAAUCACCCAGUAAAAUGGUCCCUGUCUCCAUCCUAAGACACACAUUGCUCUGCUGACCAGACACAAUAUCUAUGUUGCCUCUCUGUAAAGAGAUGUUUUUUUUUAAUAAUUUCAAUGUAAUCUUUUUGAAGAACCACUGUGAAAAGUUGCAAAUAAAGACACUGGGAAAAAAAAUAAAGCUGUGCUUUAAUUUUCACAUC